AUGGAGGAACCUCAGCUAAACAACAGCAGCCCGCCCUGGUGGGAAGAUUCUCCCUGGCUGGGAGACAUUUGUCCCACCUCCCUCGGCGGCACCACCUUCCUCAUCAUCGCCUACAGCGCUAUGCUGGCCGUGGGUUUGGUGGGAAACACCUGCUUGGUGCUGGUGAUCACCAGACAGAAGGAGAUGCGUAACGUCACCAACAUCUUCAUCGCCAACCUGUCCUGCUCGGACAUACUUAUCUGCCUCGUGUGCCUGCCAGUCACCAUCAUCUACACGCUGAUGGACCGUUGGAUCCUGGGGGAGGCGCUCUGCAAGGUCACGCCGUUCAUCCAGUGCAUGUCCGUCACCGUCUCCAUCUUCUCCAUGGUCCUCAUCGCCCUGGAGCGCCACCAGCUCAUCAUCCACCCCACGGGAUGGAAACCCGUGGUGGGGCACUCUUACUUGGCGGUGGCCGUCACUUGGAUGGUGGCCUGCUUCAUCUCCUUGCCCUUCCUGUCCUUCAACAUCCUGACCAACACGCCUUUUCACAACCUCAGCGCUCCCUCCAACCCUUUCAGCGAUCACUACAUCUGCAUCGAACAGUGGCCGUCCAACAGUCAGCGGCUGGCUUACACCACCUCGCUGCUGAUCUUCCAGUACUGCCUGCCCCUGGUUCUCAUCCUGCUCUGCUACCUCAGGAUCUUCCUGAGGCUCAGUCGGCGAAAGGACAUGGUUGAGAGAGCCAGGGACACCAGGCAGAAAAAGACCAAAGGCUCCAAGAGGAUCAACGCCAUGCUGGCGUCCAUCGUGGCCGUGUUCGCCCUCUGCUGGCUGCCGCUGAACGUCUUCAACACGGUGUUCGACUGGAACCACGAGGCCAUCCCCGUGUGCCAGCACGAUGCCAUCUUCUCCGCCUGCCACCUGACGGCCAUGGCGUCCACGUGCGUCAACCCCAUUAUUUACGGCUUUCUCAACAACAACUUCAAGAAGGAGCUCAAGGCGCUGCUGUACCGUUGCCGCUGCUGGGGGGCGCCAGAGAACUACGAGAGCUUCCCGCUGUCGACAGUCAGCACGGGGGUCACCAAGGGGUCAAUCCUCAGCAACGGCUCGGUCAGCAUGAACGCCUGA